AUGUUGGAUAUGGGAGAACGGAAAGAAGUGAAAAUGAUUCCUAAAUCAUCGUUCAGUAUAAACAGUCUGGUGCCUGAAGCCGUCCAAAGUGACAACCACCACAGAACCGUCCACGAGGAAGAGGAGAAGAUUCCUUUACCUACCCUGGUGCAGGACACAAAGUCGGAGAACAUUUGCACCAAAAUCGAAAAUUCGUCCAAUGAAACGACUUGCACAGACGAGAAGGAAAAACAGGAAGAGAAGAAGGAUAGCAAAGAGGGGGAGAGCGGUGGGAAAGAUGGUGAAAAGAAAAACGGCAAGUACGAGAAACCACCAUUUAGCUAUAAUGCUUUAAUUAUGAUGGCUAUUCGGCAGAGUCCGGAGAAACGACUAACUCUGAACGGUAUUUACGAGUUCAUUAUGAAGAAUUUCCCCUAUUACCGGGAGAACAAGCAGGGUUGGCAGAAUUCCAUCAGGCAUAACCUUAGCCUAAACAAAUGUUUUGUUAAAGUCCCGCGGCACUAUGAUGACCCGGGUAAGGGGAACUACUGGAUGCUUGACCCCUCGAGUGACGAUGUGUUUAUCGGUGGGACAACCGGCAAACUUCGCAGGAGAUCGACCACAUCCAGGGCAAAGUUGGCUUUUAAGCGAGGCGCUCGCCUUACUUCCACGGGGUUGACCUUUAUGGAUAGAGCCGGCUCUCUAUAUUGGCCAAUGUCACCGUUUCUUUCGCUUCACCAUCCGAGGGCCAGCAGCGCGUUGAGCUACAAUGGGACAUCAUCGCCAUACCCUAGUCAUCCUAUGUCCUACAGUACAAUGUUGACUCAAAACAGUUUGGGGAACAACCAUUCUUUCCCUUCUUCCAAUGGCCUGAGUGUUGACAGACUUGUGAAUGGAGACAUUCCCUAUGCCACUCAUCACCUAACGGCGGCGGCGUUGGCGGCCUCUGUGCCAUGUGGUCUAUCGGUGCCCUGCUCCGGGACUUACUCUUUAAACCCAUGUUCGUCCAUAAACCUCCUUGCAGGACAGACAAGUUACUUUUUCCCCCAUGUCCCCCAUCCAUCAAUGACCUCCCAGAGCAGCGCUUCGAUGGCGGCCCGGGCUGCCUCCUCCUCCUCCUCCCCGCAGGCGCCCUCAUCUCUUCCCUGUGAGUCCUUAAGGUCUUCUCUACCAAGUUUCUCUUCUGGACUUUCUGGAGGACUUUCUGAUUACUUCACACAUCAUAAUCAAGGGUCAACUUCAAAUCCACUUAUACACUAA